AUGAGAAACGGAAGUCUUCUACCUGAACGUCUUCUUGUUGAAUGGUUUGUUCAACUGGUGAUUGCACUUCAGUAUAUGCACGAAAGGAAUGUAUUACAUAGAGACUUGAAAACAAGAAAUAUAUUUCUAACACGUACGGAUAUCGUAAAACUUGGAGACCUCGGAAUAGCUAGGGUGCUAGAAUCUUCCAGUUCAAUGGCCACAACACUGAUUGGUACUCCUUACUAUAUGUCCCCAGAACUUUUCGCUAAUAGACCUUACAACCACAAGAAAACACAUCAUUCUCUUUUGGAAGCAACCAAGGAUCGCAAUACUAAUUGCUGGAAUCAUUCGUGUAUUGAAGAUGAUGUACAAAAUAUCAAUCGAAGUGCGGAAACUAAAAGUGAUGUCCCACUGGAAUCCACUGGAUCAAUAGACGGUGUAAAGGUGUUGAAUGUGGAAAUUGAAAAUGAAACUGAACAGCCAUUGGAUCAAAAGUCUAUAACAAGUAAUAACAACAGAGAUCUUGACGUAAAUAUACCGUCAGCGUUAAAAGACCCAAACAGUAACACAUUUGAUGAGGGUAGUGAAGAUAAAACCUCUGGGAUUUUACAAUCAGAGGAACGAAACAUCAGUGAAUCACAACAGAAUAUCUUCGGAGACAGCGAUCUUCCUGUUGAAUCAACUGAAGAUAUAAAGCAGUCACUGGACUCUGACCACAAAUGCUCACUAAAGCAUGUAUUACAACUUGAUGGGUGUGAAAUAAAGUCCAGAGGUACCAACCAGGAUAAGUCACUGCACAGGUACCUGUCAGAUGCUCGAUUACGUCGCCGUCAGAGACGUCGUAUGUCUGAAGCUGAAGGUGACCAACAUCACUUUCAACUUUUUCAACAUGAAAAUAAGCAAGAAAGCAAUCUCAUUCAUAAGUCUUUAGAUUCUAUUGAUGCGUGCAAUGAUAAUAACAAUAAUAACCGUAAUAAACUAUCCAAAACCCCAAAAUUUCAUUCCCAUUCAUUUCGUGUACUACCCGUAUCAAUGUUGCCCAAAUUACGAAAGCCAGGUAAUCGAGCUGAUAGUGAUCCUGGUGUUCAUAAAGUAACUAAAUAUGAUAUACUGAAUAAUGAUUCUGAAUCCAAUGAACACAAAAGUUCUGAAUUAUCUACUGACCAAAUAAACUGUGUUACAACAUCAAUCACUCCUGCAGUAUUCAACUCAUCAUCAGAUAUUAGUAAUAUUACAAAGAAUUCAUUAGUAUCUGAGUGUAAAUCAGCACCACAAAAAAAUGAAAGAACUUCUGAAAAUAUUAUUAGUAAAAAUCACACUGUUAAUACUACCGGGACGAGUAAUCUCUCAAAUAUCUUCAAAAAGAAGGAUUUGACUACAUGUACUGAAAUUCAUAAUGAUCACAACGACGAUAGGGAAAAUGGAAUAAACAGCCAGUUAAAAUGUCAAAAAGAUGCAGAGAUUGAAGAAAUUGUAAAUUAUUUAGCUGAUACAUUGAAGGAUGGCUGUCACCCAGGUGCUCCUGUGAUAUUUCCUCGUUGUAAGCGUGAAAGAAAAACGGUGUCUUCUAACAAAGAAUCUAAAAAUUGUGUAAAAGAGCAGCAAAAACCACUCGUUUGCAAUAGUGAGGAUAACGGACCAAUAGAACCAAAAGAAGAAACUAUCAAUCGAUCUGUACAUUUAAAGCAACGUUUUGUAGAAUUGCAUAAAGAGUGUUUAAAAAAUGUAGGUGUGAAGAAGUUACAUGAAGCUUAUGAAAUUCUAGAUCAAGAUUUAUGUUCAGUAUCCCAAGAAGCAUUAUUGAAGAAAAUACUUGGAGUAGACAUUUAUUCACAAUACAUGAAUAAAAUUUGGCAACUAAAAUUACUUGGACAGAAUGCAUUCGAACAAAAUCAAUCCAACUAAUACUGGAGCAGAAAAGUAUUUACGAUUAUCAAAGGAUACACCUUAUAACAAACUGCCCCAGUGAUUAUGUUCUUUCUCAUUUUCACGUAUGCCUUAUAUAUGGUAUUUUAAAUUACGACUGUAGCAAUAUGAAAUCUUUACAAUGUUUUCGUACAAAGUACUGUUUUCAUUCACUUUAAAAGAAAUAUUUAUCUCUAAUUAUGACCGUAAUUUUUAAAAAGCUUAUUUGUAAAAUGUGACAACUUUUACUGUGGCGUAAAAUAGGAAAUAACUUCUUUAUGCAGUAACGCUUCAUAGGAAACAUUUUUGUCUAAUUUCUUUUUUCUUUUGAGGUUUUCAUGAUACAAUAUAUAUUAAACUAUCAUUUUGUAAUACUAUAUGUAAAUAUAAGUAGCAUGGAAUUUUUUCA